AUAACCUCUUCUGUCUACUGUCUGACUUGACAGACACCACCAUGCUGGCCCCCUGGUCGCUCCCCUGCUGCUUCACCAUCCUGCUGGGCCUGUUAAAACUGUGCCAGGCCCAGUACGAACAACUAGGCUACCCACACAGCUAUCCACAGGGCUACCCAGAGCUAGAGCAGGAGCAGUACACUGCCCCGGAGCUGCCACCUGACACACCCAGGAUACAGCUGCGUUUGGCGGGGGACAAGCGCAAGCACAACGAAGGGCGCGUGGAGGUUUUCUAUGAUGGCGAGUGGGGCACGGUCUGUGAUGAUGACUUCUCUAUCCACUCUGCCCAGGUGGUGUGCAGAGAGUUGGGCUACCUGGAGGCUGUCUCCUGGUCUCCGUCCUCUAAAUAUGGGAAAGGAGAGGGUAAGAUGUCCGUUAUUACACUUAAACCCAUUAUGCAUGUAAUGAUAAGGGAAAUGGGAAAUCAUUAACUCUAUUUUCAGGGAUGUUUUUUGUUGGCCAGUGUUAACCAAUUUUCCCAGUGAAGCUUUUACAGUACGUUCCGGCUCAUCUUUCACCAAAAUGAAUAAGCCACAUCUGUAGCGGAGAUACGGUAGGGAUAAGGUAGCGAGUGUACAAUCUCAGCAGCAGAAUUGCUGCCAGUGUCCAGUCCACUUUGCCAAAGUUGCUUCGCUGUUUGGCCUCACUAGUUACCACUGGUCAGGUGAAAGAAAGAUUCCUCCCUACGGAGGUCUUGAUGUAUCUACAAUGUGUUGAGAAUCCUGCUUUUUUUCAGGGCGCAUCUGGUUUGACAAUGUCCAGUGCACUGGGAAAGAGAAGACCCUGGCACUGUGCACGUCCAACGGGAUCGGUGUCUCCGACUGCAAGCACACAGAGGACGUGGGC